AUGGUGCUUAUCUACGCUUACACUAUCUAUCGUCCUUUACCAAUUGAUUUCACUGAUAAUCCAUACGAUAAAACUGUUUUCCAUGUUAUCGAACUUUUCUUGCGGUUAAGCGUCAUUUAUCCGACAAGAAUAUUUUGUGGUGAUGAUGUGUAUUGUGAAGUAGGUUGGUCUCGUUGGGUGAUUGAUUCAUCGUCGUGGUUAAUCAGUUCGUUAACAAUCUUUGAUGAUGCACAAUUAACUAUUAAAACGGAAUAUUUCAAUUCGAUACGUGCUCGUAUCUAUCGACCAAAAACAAACAAUAUUCAAUUAUCAGCAGUGUUAUACGUUCAUGGCGGUGGAUUUGUGAUGGGCAAUAUUGAGGCAUUUGAUUCUCUUGCUAAACGUUUAGCUAUCGAUGCGAAUACUGUAGUGGUAUCAAUAGAUUAUCGUCUAGCACCGGAGUAUGCUUUUCCAUCGGCCCUUGAUGACGUUGAGAAUGCAGUGGUGUAUUUAUUGAAACAUGCUUAUAAAGUGUUCGGUAUUGAUCGUUCACGUGUAGCGAUUAUGGGUGAUUCUGCCGGAGGUGGUCUCGUUGCAUCACUCACUCAACGACUUCGGGAGAGGAACGAUGUGCAUCCGCUUAAAGCUCAAGUACUGCUCUACCCAUUACUUCAAAUGGGUAAUAUGCGUACUCCGUCUUAUCAACAUUAUCAUCAUGUCUUGCGAGGCCGCGGAUUCUUGGAACCACGUGCAGUUGCACUUUAUUAUUUAGCAUAUACUGGAAUUGAUCUCAGACAUGAGUCGGAAUUGAUUCAUUCCACUCUUCAAAACGCACAUCUAUCAUCACUGGAUAGAAAAAUUGUUGACAGAUUUGUUGAUAUUGAUCAACUACCACAUUCUUUCAAGACCAGCUAUAACUUCUCAAGUUUUUCAUUCAAUGAAGAAGCAUCACAUCUCUUAUCUCCAUUCAUAUUUAACCCAGAUUUCAUGCCGUUAAUACAAUCUAACCUCAGUUCAUUGCCUCAAGCACUAGUGGUUACAUGUCAGCAUGAUAUCUUACGUGAUGAAGGUGUUAUUUAUGCAAAACGCUUAUCACAAGCUGGCGUACCAACUACGUGGAAACACUUAGAAACUGGUUUUCAUGGCUUAUUCAAUUUUCAUUCAACGAUGAUAACUGCGUCUAGAGCACUUAGUUAUGUUACUGAAUGGUUACGCAAUAACGUUUAA